CCAGGUCCGGCUGCGGCUGCGGCUGCUGCACUUCCAGCUUCUGAGGCAAGGAGGCCGAGGCCUGGGCCAAGCCCGGAGCCGCCGCUCUUCGGAGCCUCCUGGAGCCCCCGCGCCGGCUCAGCCUGGGGGCGGGCUCAGGCCCGGCCCGCCGCCGAACCCAGGACAGAGGCUGCAUAGCCCGAGGACCAGGCCGGCACAACCAUGGAGGAGGCAUCUCCUUAUUCCUUACUUGAUAUCUGCUUGAAUUUCCUGACUACUCACCUUGAGAAGUUCUGCUCAGCAAGACAAGAUGGAACACUGUGUCUGCAGGAACCUGGAGUGUUCCCACAGGAGGUGGCUGAUCGGUUGCUUCAGACCAUGGCUUUUCAUGGUCUCUUGAAUGAUGGAACUGUAGGUAUUUUUAGGGGCAACCAGAUGCGCUUAAAGCGAGCUUGCAUUCGCAAAGCCAAGAUCUCUGCUGUUGCUUUCCGGAAAGCCUUCUGCCACCACAAAUUAGUGGAACUAGAUGCCACAGGUGUGAAUGCUGACAUCACGAUUACAGACAUCAUCAGUGGGCUCGGCAGUAACAAAUGGAUCCAGCAAAAUCUCCAGUGCCUAGUGCUGAACUCAUUAACUCUCUCCCUCGAAGAUCCUUAUGAGCGGUGCUUCAGCCGACUUUCUGGCCUUCGAGCAUUAAGCAUCACCAACGUUCUCUUUUAUAAUGAAGACCUGGCUGAAGUUGCUUCAUUGCCAAGAUUAGAGAGCCUGGAUAUUUCUAACACCUCGAUCACAGACAUCACGGCUCUGCUAGCCUGCAAAGACCGACUCAAGUCUCUAACCAUGCACCACUUGAAAUGUUUAAAAAUGACAACUACCCAGAUACUGGAUGUUGUUCGGGAACUAAAACACCUGAAUCAUCUUGAUAUUUCAGAUGAUAAACAGUUUACCUCAGACAUAGCUCUUCGCUUGCUAGAACAGAAGGACAUCCUGCCCAACCUCGUCUCCCUGGAUGUUUCUGGGAGAAAGCAUGUGACAGAUAAAGCUGUUGAAGCCUUUAUACAGCAACGACCCAGCAUGCAAUUUGUAGGUUUGCUGGCCACUGAUGCUGGCUACUCUGAAUUCCUCACAGGAGAAGGACAUUUGAAGGUGUCUGGGGAAGCCAAUGAAACGCAGAUUGCAGAAGCAUUGAAGCGAUACAGUGAACGGGCAUUCUUUGUCCGAGAAGCUCUCUUUCACCUUUUUAGCCUGACUCAUGUGAUGGAAAAAACAAAGCCAGAAAUUUUAAAGCUUGUGGUUACUGGGAUGAGAAACCACCCUAUGAAUUUGCCAGUGCAACUUGCUGCAAGUGCCUGUGUGUUUAACUUAACCAAGCAGGAUCUUGCUGCAGGAAUGCCUGUCCGACUCCUGGCUGAUGUGACCCAUUUGCUGCUCAAGGCCAUGGAGCAUUUUCCCAAUCACCAGCAGUUACAGAAGAAUUGCCUCCUUUCACUUUGCAGUGACCGGAUUCUUCAAGAUGUUCCAUUUAACAGGUUUGAAGCAGCCAAGCUUGUCAUGCAGUGGCUCUGCAACCAUGAAGAUCAAAACAUGCAGAGGAUGGCAGUUGCAAUCAUUUCCAUCCUGGCUGCCAAGCUUUCUACAGAACAAACCGCACAGCUUGGUGCUGAGCUCUUCAUUGUCAGGCAACUUCUUCAAAUAGUGAAGCAGAAAACCAAUCAAAAUUCAGUGGACACUACUUUGAAGUUUACUUUGAGUGCACUUUGGAACCUCACAGAUGAAUCUCCAACCACUUGCAGACACUUUAUUGAAAACCAAGGGUUAGAACUCUUCAUGAGGGUUCUAGAGUCAUUCCCAACUGAGUCAUCCAUUCAACAGAAAGUCUUAGGACUUUUGAACAAUAUAGCUGAAGUACAAGAAUUGCAUUCUGAAUUAAUGUGGAAGGAUUUUAUAGACCACAUCAGUAGCCUCCUACAUAGUGUUGAAGUGGAAGUCAGUUACUUUGCAGCUGGAAUUAUUGCCCAUUUAAUAUCUAGAGGCGAACAAGCUUGGACAUUGAGUCGUAGCCAGAGGAAUUCUCUUCUUGAUGAUCUGCAUUCAGCUAUUUUGAAAUGGCCAACUCCAGAGUGUGAGAUGGUAGCAUACAGGUCUUUUAAUCCAUUUUUCCCAUUACUUGGCUGUUUCACAACACCAGGAGUCCAGCUAUGGGCAGUUUGGGCCAUGCAACAUGUUUGCAGCAAGAAUCCCUCAAGGUAUUGCAACAUGCUUAUAGAGGAAGGAGGAUUGCAGCAUUUGUACAACAUCAAAGAACAUGAACAGACUGAUCCCCAUGUCCAGCAGAUUGCUGUGGCCAUUCUGGACAGCUUAGAAAAACACAUUGUACGCCAUGGGAGACCACCUCCCUGCAAAAAGCAGCCCCAGGCCAGACUAAAUUGAUAGCCAUAGGUAAUUGCAUAAAUGAAUCACAGAAAUCCUCUUUGUGAUAGGUUCACUUUGGAAUAGCUUACCCUCUGUGAUGUUUUAGGGGUCUCUAUGAUAAGAGUCAUAAGAUCAGUUUGAGAUUGAUGAUGUACAGUACUGCCCAUGUGAACAGUCUCUAAUUUGUCUUGUGAUUUUUAACUUACAAGGCAAGAAGGAUCUCUUCCUUCAUCAUUGCCUUUUAGGAAAAUUUCCACAACUUUCAGUGUUUGAACUUACCUGUGCUUAAAAUUCUACAGUUUUAUGAUGAAGUUUGCACGAACCCUUAGGCCAGACUUUUCUGAUCUUAAAGUCCCUUCUGAUCAAUCUGCAGCUUCAGAUAAGCUGUUAACCUGAUUUCUGGCACUGCUUCAGUUGUAAAUUUUAUACUGCUUCUGUAUAAAACGCCUUUAUUCUUUGUCUGUGUAUCUUUUAUAAGAUGUCCUUCUUAGUGUGAAAGAAUGGAAAUCUGAGUCCUCCUUGUGAAAGCUACUCACUGACUAGUGCCCAGAUGGCUGGCAGAAAAUAUAUUAAAAAGGAAAAAUAUUAAGGGAGAAUAGUGUUUAGGAACUGGGAAAAGGUCUGCUCUUGUGGUAUAGUUUUUAAACUGGGACAGGCUAACCUCCUAGACCCCACCUCUCUUGAGGCAUUGAACAGUUGCUUUUUCUUCAUAUUUAUUCAUGGAAGUAUGGGCUGAUGCUUCCUACACAGACUGCUGGUUACUCUUUAGAAAUAUUUCCCCAAGCACCAAGUGUAAAAUAUUACAGCUUUCUGUGUUAGAGAUUUAACUCUUUGAAUCUCUAUAUGUCAUACUGUGAAAAUGUGAAUUUUACAAAAAUCAUCUCUUGACCAUUCUUUUCCCUCUGUUACAUCAAAGUCAUUUUGUUCAGUGGAAUAGAGACUACACAUGGUGUUAUCUGCUCACUUAAAAUACAAGUAACAAAAGUAAAUUUUGCCACAAGAAGUUAAUUUUCUUUUAUUUCAAAAUACAUAUGACUUAAUGUUUUCUUGUUGGGGAAAGAUUUCCACCUUUCACUGCCAAAAAUGAACAAAAAGAAUUAGACUAUUGUUAAAUGUAAUGAUGCUAGUUGUAGUACAUAAAAGGAAAUAUUUUUUGAUGGGUAAUUUUUUAGACAGUUGCCUUUCCUUUAAGAUUGCUGUUACAGUGUAGUAAAGAAUUAGUUAUCAUUAUAUCAGUAAUGCCAGUUAGGAGGCAGCAAGUCACCAAGAAACUUACUAUCCAUUUUAAAUUUUAGUUUGUGAAUAAAGUUAAUCUGCAGUCUUAAAUGACUGUUUUUUUGGUGGAUGGCCGAAAUGUGUUCAGUAGAGAUUUUAAAUGUUAUGUUUAAAUUGUGGUUAUUACUUAGAAACAUUUUUAUUUAGAAAAGAGCUGGCUUAUUAAAGUAUGCUGAUAACAUUUUCAACAUUCAUAUUUCAUACCACUAUCACAAUUGUACUCCAACUAUUUGGUACUCCUUUGCAGGAAUGAAAACUUAAAACUAAAACAAAACAGGUAUUUUGAACCAUUAAAAACCAUAUUAAAUUGUGGGUUAAUUCUGGCUUGAUUUAAGGAAUUUUUAUAGAUGUAAGAUGAAUUUUCAGAGAUGUCUAUUUCAGAGGAAAUGGAAAAUUCUUUUAAAAUUUUCUGCUUUUUUUCUGGGUUUUUAAAAGUCUAAGGCAAAAUGUAGAAAAUAGGAUGGCCUACAGUAAAUAACUUGGAAGUUGCUAGGUAUAUUGACCAUUUCCAUGUCUCCUAGCUUGUAUAGUUAAGGGAAAGCCUAUUUGAGAAUUUGGCUUCAAGUUUCUGUUGUAUCCUAUUCAAGACACGUUCCUUUUAGGCUAAUCCUAGAUUUUUGUCUUUAUAAAUUGUUUUCAGAAAUGGCUAAAAAUGUACAGAAAACAAAUCCUUCCUUACUCAGAAUAACUUGCUGAUAGAUGAAGACUCAAAUAUAAUUAAAUUUAAAUUUACUGCUUUGAGCACUGGUUAUGGCUAGAUACUUCUGAGUCUUAAAGGCAAAAUAACUGGUCACUUCCCAAAUAUGUUAAAAAAAUGUAGUGCCUUUGUGGUUGAGAUGGCUCUUAAAAUUGUAUAUCUAAUUAUGGCACAGAAUUGUCUAUAAGGUCUUGCAUCUGGCAUAUAUAUAUAUAUAUAUAAAUUAUGAGGCAUAACUGGCCUGUCUCUAUAGGUAGAAUCUCAUAAGCCUCCCAUUUGCAUUUGUACAAUAGAAUGUAACAGUACUUGAUGCCUCCAAGGGCUACCUCUUCAGUGGCUUAGAGGUGUUGCUUCAAGCACAGUUUAGGGUUGAACCACUCAUUGCUCAAAUCAUUAUUGCACAAAGAUAUUGUAAAUUAUCACUACAUUAGUCCACAAGCAACAGCAAGGUUUAGAUCUACUAAAGGAAAUGGAAUUAGACUUUUUAGACUAAUGAUACAUGUUGGUAUCAUUGAAUAAAACAAGAACAGUCUGAAAUUAAAGCGAAAGUAAUUAAGGCAUCUCAUUCUUUCCACCAAGUAAAUUUUGCUGUGGUCUUUAUACUCUAAAAAAUCAUUUUAAUUUUUGCAUUUGAAAAGAAACAUUAAUCAAGUAGUAAUAAGGAGUUCGUUUACUCUCUGGCCAAUGACUCAGUGGCUAUUGAUCUUAGUUGAGAAUUUUUAAAAUCAUAUUAGACCUACAGAUCCAGGAAUUGAUCUUAAACAUUGCUUCACCUUACCCCUGCACAGAAAUGUGGUUUAGUGGCACUAGUCAACUUAAGUGAAUUACCUAAGGUGGAGGUGAAUCCUAUAAUUCUACUAUGGGAAUUUAAUUUCAUGAUAUCUUUUGUCUGCAAACUUCCAAAGAAUCAAAGUUUCAUGUUUUAUUUUUAUUUUUUUAACUUUGAAAACUUAAAUCAUUCUUUAAUUUGUAAGUAAUCCUUACAAAACCUAAUAGAAAAAUACAUAUCUUCAAAAAUAGAAAUACUGAGAUUGGAAAAUACAAUCAGAUGAGUUUUUCCCUGGUAGUUUCUUUUUGUUUUUUUCAAUUUCAUAAUUUAGUAAAUAAAAAUACAGGAAAUCCAGUUACAUUUGAAUUUCAGGUAAGCAACAAAUAAUUUUAACUAUAAAUAAUGCUCCAUGCAAUAUUUGGGAGUUACUUAUACUAGCAGAUUAUUUGCUAAUUUACAGAGAUUCGUGUUCAAAACAUCAGUCCUGUACAUCCAGUCUAGGAAGUUGCUCUUGCUAAUGGGCCCUUUUGGAUUGGCCUUUUUUCUUGUCAUUUUCAUUUGGCUGUAUUUUUAAUUAAGCCAUGCUCAAGAUAGCAUUGGGCCAUCUUCUAGGCCUUUAGAGCAGAUUUUAAGGAAAACAUAUUAUGUUUCAUUAUGUACUAAAUUAGGGUAGAAUCAGAUAAUGAACCAUGGAUUUGGCUUAGGGCUUUAGAAUGCCUGACACUCUCCUUUUCUCCUAGAAAAAUGUGCAGCAGUACCAAAGGUUGAAAAGAGGUCAUGAGUAGCCAGUAAGAUAAGCUCAGUUUUGUAUAUGUUGAAAUCCACCCCCUCUCCUGCCCUCUAAUGGUAUGUUUACAUUAUUUGGUUAUUGUGCAACUUUUAUCUUGGGAUAAACAGUAUUAUUAAACUGAAGGUGUAAGUUGAAGGCAGUAUUUUACUGUCAGCCGAUGUGGGCAGUUUUAUCUGUGUGUUACUUAUUUGGGGACUCUUUAUGGCUAGGGCUUCAGAGUAGUGUUCUACUACUCUGAGACACUUAAAGGGAGGUUUGCAGACUUUGGUUUCCCUCUCAAAUCCAUUGUAGCUGUUUUAAAUGAUUGUGUGGAUAUUAGAUGUUUAAUCUUUACCAUUUGCUUUGUAUAGACACAUUUUUCAUUUUUUGUGUUAACUCAUAAACUGUUUAUUUAAGUAAUAAUGCAAAUCCAGCCUUCAUUCAGUGUUCAGAAUAGCAGUAUGAUAGGAAAUUUUGUUGAGUGUGCUUUAAAUGAGUAAUAGCUUUAUAUUUUUUAGUAUUUCAUAGAUUUUGCAUGACAUGUACACUCCUAUUAUGCAUUCUUUGGUUUCCAGAUCUUAACCUAAGACACUCUAUGUUAACUGAUGGGUAGCCUAAGAAAGAGCUUUCUCUGCCUGUUUCUCUCCUCCAAUUUUUUUUUCUGGUAAAUUAUGGAAAAAUCAGUGCUAUUUCUCAUUUCUCUGAACAAAGCAAAGCUCUUUACGACAGCACAACCUAAUUUUAUAGCUAGACAGAAUGGCUAUUAAGAGUAUUUAGAAAAUCUAAAUUUAUCAGAAUUAUCUUACGGGAAAUUAUAAAUCUAGUUCAUUAAUAUGUGCUUAAAUUUGAACUUAUUUUUUGGAAAAUUGUUCAAAUUUGUGUUCUUUUAAGCUUAUUUUAAUCAGCUUAGAAGCAAGAAGCUACUUAGCUAAUGAAAGCUGGGACAUACUUUCAUAAAAGCAGGAAAUUCUUGAGAGCAUUUUUCCCUUUACAAAUGGGAGGAUAUUAUGUCAAGAUUUAUACUCUCGGAUAAUCUGCAAGAAUAAAAUUUUAAAAUCCUUGCCUUUUGUAGAAUUCCCACUGUCAAAUUCUCACUGACUCGUAAGUAUGAAAAAAAAGCUAUCUUUUGCUUGAAUUCUGAUGAAAGAGUUUAACUCCUUUCAAAGGAUGUGAAAAAUUCAUUGGAAAGUGUAAUAUGUAUACAUUUCAAAGGCUCUCUAUCUGGACUGAAGGCACUGUACUCACUGUGGCCAGGUGAAUGGGAGUGUCCUGUACAUGAAUCAUGCUGUAUUUUAAAUCAGGACAUCACUUAGAUAUUAAUGUUGUGUGUACAGAUUUUUGUUUGGGGAUUUUUUUUUUUUUGCCUAAAUAAAUGUUACAAAUUUUG